AUGGCCGGAGCUCUCUCUGGUGAAGCAGCCAAAAUGAUGCCCAUAGACUUCUCUUCAGUAGAGAGCUUACCAGAUUCUCACACAUGGUGGCCAAACGGAUGCUCCGACAUCAUUCACGGGUCGAUAUCCAUACCGGUGGUGGACCUGACGGAUCCGAAUGCCAUGGAAUCAAUAAGGCUUGCAUGCGAGGAAUGGGGUAUUUUCCAACUGAAAAACCAUGGAAUACCCUUAUCUCUACUGAAGCAGGUGGACGACGAGAUCAAGCACCUCUUCUCUCUCCCAUCUGAGCAAAAGCUGAAAGCCUUACGACGUCGUCCCGGCACGACCGGGUACGGCCCGGCUGCCAUAUCACCGUUCUUCCCCAAGUCCAUGUGGCACGAAGGGUUCGUCAUUGUCGGUUCGUCCUACGACGAAGCCAAAAAAGUUCUGCCCGGUCAUCAUGAGCUUGCACGUUUUUGUGAAACAAUGGAAGAAAUUCAGAAGCAAUUGAAGAUAGUAGCGGAGAAGGUGACGGGUGUAAUACUGGAGAUAUUGGGGGUACGUGAUGAAGAGAAGAAAUGGAUUAAGGGCGAUAACGUUGCAUUUCGGAUGAACUCGUAUCCGAGUUGUCCAGAGCCGGAUCGAGCCCUAGGUUUGGCUGAGCACAAAGACACUUCCAUAAUCACGUUCCUGCACCAAACACAAGUGAAAAAUCGGACCCGGAGCGAGAUCCAAACCCAGGACCAAACCAGAGGGCUCCAGAUUUUCAAGGAUGGAAUUGGGUGGGUCCCGGUUCACCCGGACCCAGAUGUGUUUGUGGUGCAGGUGGGUGACAUCCUUGAGAUACUGUCCAAUGGGAGGUUCGGUUCGGUGCUGCAUCGGGUCACAGUGAGCGGGUCGGCUCAUCGAUAUUCGUAUGCAUAUUUCCACAGGCCCUCAUCUGAAGCUCUUCUUUCUCCUUUCGUAUCUCCGCCUCGUUUUCGAGCUCUCACUUUGAAGGAACUUGAUGCUCUCAAGGUCAAGGGUCGAGCCAAUGCAAUGCCUUCCAUCUCCAUUUAA